AUGAAAAAGAUGAAGUAGCAAAAAAAUCCUUUGACACUUCUAUUUUAAUAUGAAUAACAAUUAGGUUUGGAAAAUUUGAAGAAAUAAAGUCCUAAGAAAAAAAAAAGAGCAAAUUGUAUUAAACAAAGUAAGCUUACGUAAUUAAAUUAGAAGAUUAUAAUUUUCUUACGCAAUCUGGGUAUUAGUAAUGCAUCAGAUAUCAAUUAAUAAUUUAAUAAGAAGUCUGUAUGUAUAAAAGAUCUUCCACCAAAAAUACAUAAUUAAUUCAAGAAACAAAAAAUAGUAAAAAAAAAUAAAUACUUUUUAAAAAACUCAAACCUACAGAGCUAUACAUCUCUACUUCUUUAACACAGAAUCCAAGCAACCAAGUUACAAAAAAAACAGCCUUCAAGAGCAAAUAUAUAGCGGAACUCAAAAAGCCUAGUAGACAGCUACAACAUACUUAGUAUAAAAAGAAAGAUUGAAAGCAACUCUCUAAAUAACCUAUUCAUUAAUUAAUAGUAAAGCAACUAAAUAACUAACUCUUAUUAUCAAAAAUCUCUAGAUUAUUUCUAUAAAACUUUAAUUAUAAAUCAACAAAUUUAACGCAACUUAAACAAAAAUAAAUAAAUGGAUACUCAAACUUACGAUCAAUCUAGACCUGCUAUUCCUCCUCAACACUUCGACAUGGUUUUGAACUAAGUCAAGAACAGAAACAACUACUUAGAUUUGGGAAUGGAAACUGGAUAAAACUUCUUCUAAUUUUACCACUAAUUCAACGGUAACAUUGUUGGUAUUGACUUAAACUCUCAAAGAGUAGAAUUUGUUCGUCAAAAAGCCUAAAAGAUUCUUCCUACAUAAGCUAUCAAUCGUACUCAAUUGAUUGAUGGCGAUGUCUUUAAAAUCGCUGAUAAGCUCCCCAACAAGACAUUUGAUCUUGUUACUAUUGGUUCUUAAAUCCAUAACUUUGGCUCACCUGAUAAAUUUUACUAAUUUGCCAAGGAAAGACUCCUUUCUGCUGAAGGUACUCUUGCCUUAACUUCCAUUAAUCCUUUGGAUGUUGAAUUCUAAGCCUGCUAUGAUGACAAGGAAAACGCAGCCUUAAGAAAGGACUUCGCCACUUUGAAUGAAUACUUAAGCGAAUACGCCAUUUUACCAAACAACCCUUUCCUUAACUAAGGUGUUAUGAUGAGACAUUUCAACAACAUUUAAAAAUUCGAAUAGAACGUCGAACAAGUUAUGGAAGCUGAACACGUCUUCGAAUAUUUCCGUACUCUUCCUAGCUACAUCAAAUACAUGCAAGAUGAUACCCAAGUUGACAAAUACGCUCUCUAAAACUUCGAAAGAAAAGUAAGAGAAAAAAUCUAAAAGAGAAGCCUUACCAUGACUAAAUAGUAAUCAUUGCUUAGAGUAACUCACAAAAUCUUAACUUUCUUACUCAGAAAGUGA